AUGGCGUCGUUACUGGAUAUGAUGAAAAGCCUGUGUGUUGCUUUUGGUUCGCAGGAUUAUAUGAGCUGCAAGAAAUUACUAGGUCCUAUCAAAACGGAACUCAUCAAGAAUAAUCUACUCAUCCCCGACCUCCAAAGCAAGAAUGAAGCGUACAUCAAUGAUCUCGCUAUCGCCAAUAAGUUUCUAGAAAUUGGGGCCUUGGUGAGCAUUUAUACUCUGGAUUUUGAUUCAUUCCAGAGUUUCUUUGCCCAGGCAAGGGUAUACUAUUUCUGUUCUAACCCCAGGUUGUCUGAAUCUGAAAACAAAUCGAAGCUUAUAAGCUUAUAUCUGCUAGUUCUCCUAUCAAAAGGUGAGAUAACAAAGUUUCAUUCGCAGCUUGAGUACCUCAGUAGAAAUAUUAGUAAUUUGGAAGAGGAUGAAUUGCUGUCAUAUCCGAUAAAUGUAGAGAAACGGUUAAUGGAAGGAUCUUACAGAAAGGCAUUUGAUUUGUUGUCAUCAGGCAGCAAGGUCCCAGAGUUCGACGUUUUCACUGAGACGCUGAUAGAUGCUAUCAGAGAAGAAAUUGCUCGCAAUACUGAAGUGGCUUAUGAAAGUUUGCCUCUGGUGAGUAUAAACGCUUUGCUCUUUUUCGCUAACGAGAAGGAAUCCGAAAGAUUUGCAUUGGAAAGAGGCUGGACGGUUGAGCAUGGUUCAGUGUAUUUCAAAAAGGAAGACUUGACUGACGUCGCUGUUGAGAAGAUUUCAGUGAUCGAGAAAACUUUGAAGUAUGCCAUCAAUCUCGAAGCAAUUGUGUAG